AUGAUUGCGAUCGUAUGUUACGCCACAUCAAUUCGUAUUGUAAAUCUACCAGAGUGUAAGUUACGUGGUCUAAGUAGUACCUAUCCUUAUGAUAACUGUGAAUCAAAUAAACACGAUUUGACUAUUCAAGAAAAACAGAACUCACACUCCACCCAUGCAUAUCGGAUAGUGAAAAAUGUUUUCUCUUUAAACUUGCUGGAAUUUCAGUAUUUGUACGAUGCUUCCAUGGAUCAGGUUUUUGCUGCUUGCCUACUUCGCUACCUCAGGCAUCUUAAAACCGUACCGGCUAUAUUCCUUCCAUGUCAGUAUGAACGAACAUUAUGUGAUAACCCAAUGUGGAAAGUUGUUAUAAGUCGUCUGGUAAAGGCAAUUGUAAUCGAAGAAUCCAUGGCAUGGCUUUCUACACUUGGUGGUGGAUAUUCUUCACUUGGAGAUCACAGUGAUUAUGCGGCGAGUUUGGCUGGGACGGUCUCACUCUUUCAAAUGAGCCUUGCGUUAGAAAUCAACUCGCCUGUUCUCCUAGCUAAGUCCCAACUUUGGUUUGCUCAAAGUUUAAUGCAGAGAGGAUAUUUGAAAAAUUCUGCUAAAAUAUUGAGACGAAUAUACAUAAUGUGGAGACCUCUUAUGAGGCCUGAUGUUUCAUCUGAUAUGCGCAUAGAUUACAUGGCUCUUGGUUUGUGGGCACGUUUACGUCACUUAUGGAAAACAAAACACAAAAUAAAGUCGAGUUUAUCCAUUUCAUUAUCAGUGGAUAAUAAUUUACUUUCUCUAUAUCCACAUGUUAAUAUGUUAGUCAGUCGACUUUAA